AUGAAUGGCGAUGUUAUCUCAGUGACAGCUGUUCAAGAACGGCCAACGCUUCUUUCUACAGCGGGUAACGGAGAAUUCGGUGUACCAUCAAUCAACGUCAUUCCACAUACGCCGAUUGAUCGGCAAGUAUUCAACAGUGAUAUGCCCCAAUCCCGAUCACAAUCGUCACUUUCAACAUCAGGAGCCGACGAGGUAUCCGGAAACGACGAGGAAGUUGUAAGCUCGUCCUAUGACAGCAGUGAUCAUUCCGAUGACGAUCAG